AUGUGUAUGGUUAUAUUUGCUCCGAUUUUUGCCAUCUGUGCUUUUGCAACAUGUGGAGGAUACUAUGGUCACCUCCAGGUUAAAGUGGACUGUGCAGACAGGAGGAGGAAGAGUAACCUCAGCAUCAACAUUGAGUUUGGCUAUCCUUUUAGAUUAAAAGAUGUGCAUUUCAAGGCUCCCUUGUGCGAGGGAAGGAGAGAAGAAAUUAUUUUCCUUGAUGGCGACUUCUCCUCGGCUGCUCAGUUUUUUCUGACUGUAGGUGUUCUCGCCUUCCUUUACUCUCUUCUGGCAACCAUUGUCUAUGUCUUCUAUCAGAACAAAUACCUGAAGAACAACAGAGGUCCACUUGUGGAUUUUGUUGUUACGAUCGUCUUCUCCUUCAUGUGGCUGGUAAGUAGCUGUUGCUGGGCUAAAACUCUUUCUGAUAUCAAGACAGCCACAAACCCUACACAGGUGCUACUACUCAUCUCAGCCUGCAGAGCUCAAGAGAACAAAUGUACAGCCACCCAGGAGCCAUCCUGGUCACGUCUGAAUACAUCUGCAGUUUUUGGCUUUGUAAAUGCCAUCCUCUGGGUUGGAAACAUCUGGUUCGUCUUCAAAGAAACGGGCUGGUACAAGACCGGGCAGAGAUACCCGACCAGGAGUGCCUCUGGGAAACGUUCCAGUGAAAUGCGGCAGCGGCUCUACAGUGAGAGCAGCUUCGACCUGCCAGAGGAGAGUUCUGGUCCACAACUCACCAGACAAAACAGUUUUAAUCUGUCAAAGGGGGAUUUUGGUCAGCAUGUCUACAGACAAAGUAGUUUCAACCAGUCACAAGUAAGCUUGACCUUACCGCAGGCGUAUCUUGGCAAGCCUGUGAUAUAUGACAGGGAGAUUAAAGUGGCCUCUAAAGGGCCGAUGAUCUUUGUCAAUGAGAUGUAA